UAGUCUGUGCGCAGUAGUGAGAGUCGGACUCCCAGUAGGCUGGAGUAAGAAGUAGAAGUCACCGCCGCUCGCGCUGUGAGAACGAGCGCUCCCGACGCUAGGGAAAAUAAAUAAAGCACAAGAAAAGCCGAGUGUCGCCGUUCGGCAUCGCAGCUUGCUCCGCCAUGCCGAAGAGAAAGGUGAACGCUGCUGAAGAAGAGCCAAAGAGGCGAUCAGCACGGCUGUCAGCUAAACCUGUCACUGCCAAAGUUGAAACAAAGCCAAAAAAGCCAGCUCUAAAGGAUAAAUCUGAGGAAAAGAAAACCCAAACAAAAGGGAAAAAGGGACCAAAAGGGAAGCAAACCGAAGAGAUUAACGAAGAGGAAAUAAAGGAUAACUUGCCUGCAGAAAAUGGAGAAGCAAAAAGUGAUGAGGUCCCAAUAUCCAAUGCAGCGGGAGAGAAAGAAGCAAAAUCUGAAUAACAACUUUGUACAAAGUCUUUAAUCAGUGGUUCCUAUACCACCACCUUGUACAAUUCAGAGGAAUAUUUUUAUCAACUAUUUUGUAAAUGCAAGUUUUUUAGUGGUUUUAGAAAACACAUUUUUUAAACAUGAGGGGAUCUCCCCCAUAUCCCAUCUAAUGUAGUUCAGUGUAAAUGCUUUAUUUUAAACGGUAAAAAUCAUGUACUGGUUGGCUGAUCUUUAAACAACCAGCAAUUAAUGGAAUGUUAGAUUAAUGAGAAAUUUUCAAAAUUUUGAUUACUUUACAGUGCAAUCCUAUGCAUGUUUACUUAGAAGCAAGUCUCACUGAUUUUAGUGGCACUUACUUUUUGACAAAUGUACAUAGAAUUGCAGCCAACAUUCCACAGGCCAGGGUGGGCAACUUGCAAUUUACAUGUGGCCCUUGAAGCUAUCUUCAUGCAGAACUUCAGUUAUCCUGAAUUUAGCUUUCUUUCCCUAAAUUUUAGCCAUUACACUUGCAAAAAUAAAUUUGAAUAUGUGAUGGAAAACUUGCAUAGUUUGUGCCAGUAUGGUCUUUAGAGGUAAACAAGUUGCUCACCCAUGCUAUAGACUGAGGGAUGGUUUUUAUAAAUCAUUACCAGAAGCAUAGCACAGAUAACAUUUUGCCAUUGUGACAAGUAGGAAAAUGUCUUCACACUUAUCCUCCCCAAUUUGUCAUCAUUAGGAUGCUUAUUCACUGAAAACUAUUCCCUGGUGUUGGAUCUCCCUUUCAGAUUUGUUUUAUCUGUGAUAGUUAUUUUUGGUAGUGGUAGUUUAUUUUUUCAACAGCUUUGUAUUGUGUUGUGAAAGAUUGGAUAUCUGGGUGUGUAGUGUGUGUGGUGUUCAAUUACUGAGUAGACAAUUUUUUUGGUUAAGCAGAGAUGACCACAUAAUAGUAUUUGAGACACUGGUACUUUUCUACUUUGAAUGAAAGAAGUUGUCCUAACUUGUCAGAUGUGGUUCACAUUCAAUUAUUGGAAGAAAAAUCUACAAAUAGUUAAUGUCUGUGUGGUUCAUCAAACAAGAUCCAAUAAAAUAUUGGUUAUAAACA